UCACCAAAUUCCAAGUUUUCAUUUUGGAUAGAAAAAAAUAAAAAAUAAAUAAGAAAACCCCAAAUACUAGUAGUGAAGAAGAAGAAGAAGAUGUACAUGGCCAUUACAACACCAAAAGCUUCUUCCUUUUUGCAAUUUCAGUCUCAAUUCAACAAACCCACUUCACCAUUUUCUCCAUCUUUCAUUCCAAUCAAAUCAUCAUCUCCGAUAAUGGCGUCACUCUCUGUAGCUUCUUCAACUCUGGGCCUUUCUGAAACCUUCUCUAAAUUGAAAAAAGAGGGCAAAGUAGCAUUCAUACCAUAUAUCACUGCCGGUGAUCCUGACCUAUCAACGACUGCAGAAGCAUUGAAGGUGUUAGACUCUUGUGGAUCUGAUAUCAUUGAGUUGGGUGUUCCAUAUUCUGAUCCAUUGGCUGACGGGCCAGUCAUCCAGGCUGCAGCCACACGAGCACUGGCAAGAGGGACCAAUUUUGAUGCAAUUCUUAAUAUGUUGAACGAGGUGGUACCACAAUUAUCGUGUCCAAUUGCUUUGUUCACAUAUUACAACCCGAUUCUUAAGCGUGGAGUGGAGCAGUUCAUGAUUACUGUGAAAGAAGUUGGUGUACAUGGCCUUGUGGUUCCAGAUGUGCCUCUUGAGGAAACUGAGAUCUUGAGGCGUGAAGCUUCUAAGCAUAAGAUCGAGCUGGUACUGCUUACAACUCCCACUACUCCAAGAGAACGCAUGAAAGCAAUUGUUGAAGUCACAGAGGGAUUUUUGUACCUUGUCAGUUCUAUUGGAGUAACAGGGGCUCGUGCUUCAGUGAGUGGGAAGGUUCAAUCUCUUCUGCAGGAAAUCAAAGCGGAAUCGAGUAAGCCUGUAGCUGUUGGCUUUGGUAUUUCAAAACCCGAGCAUGUCAAACAAGUGGCUGGAUGGGGUGCCGAUGGUGUUAUUGUGGGCAGUGCUAUGGUAAAAAUAUUAAGUGACGCAAAGUCCCCGGAGGAAGGACUAAAAGAACUAGCAGAAUUUACGAAAUCUCUUAAAUCCGCAUUGCUUUGAUAGUACAUUUACAUGAAUCUUGUAGUUUCAAUGUCAAGAGGCGUGGUUCACAUCUCAACACAAUUUGUCAAAUUUUGUUAGCAUCUCUCUUUUGGAAAUAAAAAAUAGUAGUAAUAUUUAUGAAA